AACACUGCGUCAUUUGCGUCUUCACGCUCAGGCUGGCUUCAAGGACCCUUCAUGUCGAUUCUACCAUCAGCCGUCCCCGUUGUAAACCUAGAAAGCGGCAGCUCCGAAGCUCAAGCUGCCUCACUAUCUCAACUCCAAUCAGAAGAAUCAAGCUAUCGUUCGAUAUGCGAUACCGCUCUUAGGGGUAUAGAACAAGCGUUGAAACGCGAAGAUUUAGAUCCCAAUGUGCGGGACAAGUUGACACCUCUGUUCUCCUCGAUCAAGGAACAGAAGAACAACCUCAUUUCCAUCAUAUCGAAAGCGCAGGAAGUGGAAGAAUUGAUUACUUCAGACGACGACACUAUAGAGCCCUCCGCAUAUCGACAGGAGACCCAAUCAUUAUUGGAGAAGUUCACGAAAGCAACCGGGGAAUUGAGUCUUGAGAUCGGCUCCCUGGGUGAAUUAAUUGCGGAACACGACAUACCGGUCUAGAAUAAUCUGUGUGAGGGAUAUGUACACUUGUAGUGAUGAUAGAAAUGUAGCAAACACGGAUGUGUUAGAAGGACAUCCC